AUGCAACGAGUCUUGCAGAAGUCGGAGGCCCACACUGUAAGCAGCGAGUACUCAACGGCUUUCAACGUUGGCAAGAAACGCUCGUUGACAGACGAACACAUUGCGAGCUUCGCAAUCGCGCUAAGAGAAGCGAUUGGCCGGCAGCGAAUACAUCGAAGCUCCAGCAGCUACAGGUGCAAAGGGUGCCGAGGCUGA